UGUCCCGCCAAUUUAUUGGCACCUCUCCGAGACACUGACUUCCGUAGGCCACUUUUCUUGUCCCCCUUGCGACUGCGAUUGCCCUGAUCAACCCCUUUUCUCCAGCUCACAAGGGUUGAACUUCAGUUUCUUUACAGAUUGCAUGAAACAUGAUCCCGAAAUGAGUGAAGAGACGGAGAAGAGUUAUGUGGAUUCGUUGUCUGACGAGUUGAAGCAGAGGGAAGCUGUAGCUCUGGAAAAUCAGUACCGCGCCGACAUGGCACUGCUGGAGGCUAAAAAAGUAACGUCACAGUAUCAGAAGGAAGCAGAAAAGUGCAAUUCCGGGAUGGAAACUUGUGAGGAGGCCAGGGAGAAGGCAGAAGCAGCUUUGGAAGUGCAAAAAGAGCUCAGUGAAAUGUGGGAGAUGCGGGCUAGGCAAAGAGGAUGGAAGGAAGCCACCAUCUGAUCAUAUCAUCUUAGGCUCAUUGUGGAGUCAUGGUGCAAAGCUUAUAGCAAUGCCCCGAUUGAGUUGGGAACUGUGAUCCUACUAAAUUUAAGUUAAUCAAAUGUCAGAGCUUCAAUUUGAUCCCCCAGAUUAUCAAAUCACAAAGCCUUCUUCAUUUGCAACACC